ACCCCUAUAAGCCAAAUGCCUCUCCGAAUGAAAGGUCAAACGACCUGUAGUUAUCAUAAGGAGAGAAAACUGGACUUUUUCUGUGAAAAAUGUCGUGAACCGGUCUGUCCAAAAUGCCUUUCUUCUGUUCACAAAGGCCACUUCGUAUGUGAAAUAAGUGAAAUCACUCCUCAAAAGGAACUAGACAUUAAAAACUUUAUAGACAGAACAGAAAAAAAUGGCCUUGUACAAAUUGGAAAAUACAUCAACUCCACUGAUUCACUCCUUAAAGACAACACUAGUACUUUUGAGAAGCUGUCACAAAAGUUAAAGAUGCAAACAGAUAAAUUAAAACAAGAGCUGGACAUGCUUACAGCACAGACACUCUCUCUAUAUCACAAAAUGGAAGAGGAUAAUACCAAGCUGAUAAAGAACUACAAACAAGACCUGGAGAUGUACGAGAAGCAACUUAAUCAACAAAUUCAAGAAUGUAAAGCAGCUCUCCAGUGUGGUUCACACAUACAGGUUUAUGAUACAUUUUGUGAGAUCCAUUCUCCUACAUACAGUCUCCCUGUAAAACCUGUCCUGGGUACUGCCAACUUCACUCCAAAUGAAAGUCCUCAAGAUCUUUUAAAAAAAGCCUUGGGAAAAGUUAUCACCUCAGGUCAAGGUCAAACUUUCACUGAUCAGAAUCGGUCAGUAUCAACGUCUGAUGAUCUGGGACAACCCUCUACACAACAACAACAACGGUCAGAAACAAAAGUGAAGAAAGCAGUGACAACAUACAAACUACAGCCACAGACCAAGGUAGUGGAGGAUUGGGAGUCUCCAUGUAACAUUGGUUCUAUAUGUCCCACCACUGAUGGUCAGGUGUGGACCAAGAGCAGUGGCACAUUAACUCUCCUGGACAAGAAGGGUAAAGUAAUAGAGCAAGUCAAUCACAAUGCCGGGAUCAGUGACAUCAGUCUGUCACCCACCACACACACACUGUGGGUCUGUGACAUAGACAACAACAUCAUGGAGCUGGUAUCGGGACGACUGACACACAAAUUCAGUACCAAGGAGGAACCCGAGUAUAUAUGUAUUACAGCCAGUAACCAUGUCAUUGUAGGGAUGACCAAACACAUCUCAAAAUUUACCACAGAUGGUAAAAUGGUGUGUACUACAAUGGAUAAAGGGACUGGGAAACCAUUAGUGUGUACACCACGCAGGAUCUCAGAGUGUCCUGCCACUCACAAUGUGGCAGUCACUGAUUUCAGUCAUGAAUUUGAUGGUGGUAAUGAAAAUCAACAUGUUGUUGUGAUGGACACUGAUUUCAAGGAGCUGUUUGUAUAUAGAGGUGACAUCCCCAGUACAUAUAAACCAACACCACAAACAGGAGGUGGAUCAUUUUACCCCAGUGAUGUGGUGUAUGACAGUGUGGGUAACCUGAUCAUAGGGGACUAUAAAAACAAAAGGGUCCUACUCAUCAGUGGAGGUGGUGAGUUCCUCAGGGUCAUACACACAGACACAGCCUAUCCAUGGGCUGUAGGUAUAGACAGGGGGGAUGUCCUGUGGGCAGUGUUUGGGACAUGGAGGGAUCAAGUCAAACUACUACAGUACAGCAGUGUGUGAAACGUACCUGUAACCAAACAACUAGUAUAUCUAGUUACUGUGACAACAACAUGGAAAUCAGAGACAAAGGAAACUGAUCAUGAUUACCAAUCAACUAAACAUGUGUGACAUUCACAGGAUUUUAAGUAAAAUCUCCAG